CUGAAGUUUGUUGAACAGUUCCUCAAGCUACACUCCUUCAUUAUGUCAGCUGGUAGACUUUCGUGGAAUUUAGAAGAUGAAACGCUGUGUGACAAACGAAAAGCAGCUUCUCGUAGCGUUGCAAGUGCUGGAUGCAGUCCUGCUAUGGGCAAAAAGCUAAUUCGUCUUGGCUGUGCAGGACCAUCUACAGAUUCGUCGUCUUAUGAAUUAGCUCAUAGUGUUGAUCACAUUCAAGAUAUAGUGCAAAUGUCACCUCACUCAAGACGACACCGUCUCUGGAAAUUGUUUGCGACAAUAACUCCAAUCAGACGAGCGAAAGUUCUGAAAUCAUUCGAGAGCGAUGAUGGAAAAGAAUUUCAUGCAGAUGCAUUGGAUUUCCAAAAGGCUGUUGCCGAUGUCAAUGCAAGCACCGAUUUGAACUAUGUGACUUUGUUAUUGAAAAUCCGUUUGAAAGAGGGAAUAGGAUUAGCGAUACGUGAUGCAUCUGGAAGUUCCGAUCCCUAUGUGAAAUUUCGUUACAAAGACAAAGUUGUUUAUAAAAGUCUGACAGUUUUCAAAUGUUUGAACCCUAUGUGGGAAGAAGAAUUUCAAAUGCUUGUCGAUGACAUGACGACGAACAUUCGUUUAGAGGUCUAUGAUUAUGAUCGUUUCUGCACGGAUGAUUUCAUGGGUGGAGCAUCGAUUGAUAUUUCUCGCGUGAAAUGGUUUACGCCUUAUGAAACAACUCUAACCUUACAAGAUGAUAACAAUCCUUCCGAAAACUUGGGCAUGAUUUCGCUUUCUGUCACAAUCACGCCUUUAACGGCUCAAGAGCAAGAGAAUUUUCUUCAAAAAUCGAAUAGAGGAAUUCUAACUGAAACACAGAAGAAAAAAGAAAAACUUGUUCAAAUGUGGUCUUCGGUGGUAAAUAUUGUGCUUGUAGAAGGAAAGGGGUUAUCCAUAAAUUAUAAUAUGACGCAACCACCAGAUCCUUGUUGCAAAUUCAAACUAGGUUGUGAAAAAUAUAAAAGCAAGGCUUGUAACCGAACAUGCGAUCCCAAGUGGAUCGAGCAAUUUGAUUUACAUAUUUAUGAACAUGGUAGUGACAAACUUGAAGUUAUGUGUCACGAUAAGAAAACCAAUUCCGCCAUUGGAAGAACUUGUGUUGAUUUAUCACAGCUCCCUCGCGACCAAACUGUUCAGAAAUGGUACGAUCUGGAAGAAAUGGCUGGUAGCAUACUAUUACUUAUAACUGUUUCUGGGAGUCAAUCAAAUGACUCUGUCGUAGAUUUGACCGAAUUUAGUCAGAACGAUGUUAGGAACGCAAUUAUAGGCAAAUAUAAUUUAACAUCAGCUUUCAACAACUUGAAAGAUAUAGGAACGUUAACUGUCAAAGUUUUUCGUGCCGAAAACCUCCAAUCAAAAGACCUCGGAGGCAAAAGUGACCCUUUUGCUGUGCUAGAACUGGUAAAUGCCCGACUCCAAACACAUACAGAAUACAAAACUUUGCAUCCGCAAUGGAACAAACUUUUUACUUUCAAUGUGAAGGAUAUUCACACUUGUCUGGAAGUUACAAUUUACGAUGAAGAUCCGAACAACAAGUUUGAGUUUCUGGGCAAAGUAUCUAUUCCAUUAAUGUCCAUUCGUAACUGUGAAAGACGAUGGUUUGCUCUCAAAGAUAAGAAAUUGCAACAACGAGUGAAAGGAGAAGUACUGUUAGAGCUUGAUGUUAUAUGGAACCCUAUAAGAGCGGCUGUGCGUACUUUCAAUCCGAGGGAAAAGAAAUACAUUGAACAAGAGCCAAAAUUUAAAGCAAGUAUUUUCCGCAGCACUGUAAUGGAAUUGAAAGAAUUCGCUUUGAGUAUAAUUGAAAUGAAAGAUUAUCUGCAGAGUUGUUUUGAUUGGGAAUCAACACCCAGAUCACUCAUUGCGUUUCUGAUUUUCAUGUUUUUCACUUACUACGUCCAGUUAUAUCAUUUGCCAAUUCUUUUGCUUCUUUUAUUUGCCAGAUGUUUACUUUAUAGAAACGUUUCUAAUCAUAUAUCAAGAUCGAUUUCCCUCAAUAAAGUAGAAGAAAUUGCUGAAGAUUCCAAAACAACAACAUCUCUUCGGGAUACUUUAUCUUCAGUACAAGAAACUCUAAGUGUUGUUCAGAAUUUAUUAGUUUUCAUAUCAACUCUGCUACAGAGAAUCAAAAAUACUUUCAACUUUACCAACUCUUGGCUUUCAUGGCUGGCUGUGAUUGUUUUGUCUUUUGCAACAUUGCUUUUAUACUUCAUUCCACUUCGAACAUUAGUUAUGAUUUGGGGAGUCAACAAAUUCUCCAAAAAGCUCAUAAAUCCUCAUUACAUUGAUAACAACGAAUUGCUCGAUUUUCUAUCUCGCAUUCCCUCCGAUUCAGAUUUAAAUGACUGGAGAGACAUAUUGGUUGAACGUUCGGAUGCGUUAAGAGACAGAAAGAGUAGACAAUCAAGUUGA